UUAUUGCUAAAAGAUAAGAACGCGUUUUCUAACAUGCUACUGCUACACAGGUGUCGCUGUGAAUUUUCUCAAUUCAUAUAAAUUUGUUUAAUUGUUAUAAGUGAGAGAAAUAACAAAAGCAUUAUUCAAUGUAGCUUGUUUUAAUUGAAUGACCUACUGAAAUAUAUUAUUAAAUAUAAGUAUGAAUACAUUUUAGAAUUCAUCAAUGUAAUGCAUUUAUAUAUGUACAUGUAUAUGGUAUAUGGAAGUAUAUGCUUGGAAAUAAUUGUGUGAUACGUUUGUAUUACUAAAUUAAUUCAUUAUAUUUAUUUAUUACCAUUUCCGUAAGUUUUAAGUAUGAACAAUGUUUUCAAACUCGGUAUUCGGUUAGCCAUACAUACUGCUCAUUGUAUUUAUAUGUCACUAGCGUAAACAGUACAUCAAUGCAACAAUACGUCAAACAGUACAACUGACAGUUCUUCAAUACGUCCAUCAGUAUAUAUUUGUUUGUCAAUCCUUCCAGUAGUUCAGAAUUGGCGUAAUAACUUCGUUUAUUAUUGUGGAAUUAAGACUAAAACUUUUUAAUGUAGAAUUUUAUUCCGUUUCCGGUCGCAGUUUCCAAUUUUCAAUAACUGUCAAAAUUCAAAAUGUUAGCACCGGAUAAGUAUCUCUCUCCAAUGAAACAAAUGACUGGUGCCGAAGAAAAUCGACACUUUUUGCGGGCAUUCAUACACACAUAUAGAGACUUGCCAGUGUUAUGGGACACUUCGUUACGAGAUUACACAAAUCGCGAUAAACGCGCUGAAGCAUAUGAACAACUUGUACCCAUCUAUCGCUACCUCAAGCGAGAUGCAAAUGUCGAAGACGUUAAGAAAAAAAUCAACACGCUGCGCACAAACUAUCGCAAAGAACUGAAAGUUGUGGAAAGUGCGCGACGCAAUGGAACCAUUCAUCAUCCACGUUGUUGGACUUUUCUUGAAUUAGAUUUCCUACGCAACACCGAAAAGUUUCUAGCUGUCAAUCCCAGUACGCGAGGUGAUUCAUUUUCCGCAUUCAGUGAGAAUUCACAAACACAAUCCUCUUUCCUGGAUCCACCAGGUUCCAGUUAUAAUUUUCGCUCCAUGAUGGGAGCAAACACAGUGCAAUCACCUCCCAGUAUUGCCGAAAUGUUCCACAAAUCUUUUGGGCAUACGCAAAAGUUGGAGCCAGAGCAAACUCCACCACCGUCUGCACCACAAGUGGCAAGUACGAGUUCAUCAUUAAAUGGACAGACGGUAAAUUCAUCAGAUUACAAUCACACAGGGCAACAAGCAGAUUCUGUAACUAGCUCAGCAAAACGUUUGCGUUUUUCACCGGCGAAUGCCACAGGUGGUACCGGUCAAACGCCAGAUGAGCUACUUAGUAUUGCUUGUGACUACCUUUCCAGCACAUUUCCUGAAGAGGAAUCUAUCGCACGGACCUGGACUCAUAAGCUCAAACGUUUACAACGUGAGCAACGUUUAUUGGCGGAAAAAUUCAUUAAUGAAAUACUUUUUGAGGCGGAAUCAGGUACAUUACAUCGUGGGUCGGUGCAUAUUAAUAGUUUCGAACCAUUUGUGCGUUUUGAAGAACAAUCAAGUAAUGAUCAAGAAAAUACCAAAUCGCAAAGUCCCAGCGUACAUACAUCAACCACAACAAUAUCGCAUGAUGGUGAAAUUAAAUCUACUUCGAAUGCUGGUGCAUCUGAAAACGGCAAUGCUACCGUUAAUGAAAAUGUAUACGAAAACUAUCAGAACUAAACAUUACUUAAUUACUUAUAAGUAUAUGUAUUAAGCUAAAAUGUAAAUAUACUUAUUAUGUAGUGCUCAAUGGUACUUCUAUUAUGUGGAAUUUGUUAUCAAAACGUUUUUAAUUAAGUAAAUUUGUCAAUAUAUUUACAUACAUAUAAACAUAUAAAC